GUCCCGCAGGAGCACCAUAACCAUGUCAUCUACCGCCGGCGGAGAGAUCCACACCACCGGCGCCGCUUCGUUGGAAGGCAAUUUCACCACCGACGACGGGACUCCCUAUUGUAUCGCCAUCACCACGAGCGAGACCAUUGACUCCUUCAAGGUCGUCAAAGCAACGCUCUCUUACACCAAAGAGACAGACAUGACCGGCCACGUCACAGUCAACGGAAGCGUUGGAGAAUAUGUCAAACUUACUUGUACUCGCGAAGGCACCACUAACACCGUUAUCACUGGGAAGGUUACUGGUACUGGAGUGGAUCCCCCUGACACCAUUGUGGGCAAUGGCAAGUGGUCGCUGCGCGCGGAGGCUGAGGUAAGUGGUCACCGCUGAUG